AAAAACUAAGCUAAUACAGUGACACUGCUGUAUUUUAGACGACGAAUGUUUAUUCAUGCAUUAGAAAAAGGCAAAGCAAGAACGUGUUAAAACGAAACUUACGUCAAUUUAUUGUUUUAAAAAUAAAAACAAAACUCCGAAAAGCAAGGAAAAAACGAUUAAAGCCGUGAGGAAAAGAGAGCUUGAAAGAAGAGUGGCAGCACGAAAGAACUCCCCCCCAAAAAACGAACAUAAAGAAAUGUCCACAAAAUUUAAAGGAGGAAGAAAAAAAAGAAAGAAAUCAUCAAAAAGUGUUGAAAGCGCGCUCGGUUCCUUAUUAGGCGAAGAUACAAUAUUUAUUCCGUGUCUCCAGGGAUGAGGCUCCUCUCUCUAUUGUCCUCCCAUUCCUCAGUGCUGAUGCUUAAUUUUCAAAACUUCGAUAUUACCAAGGGACCUACGACAUCAGCCGGAGAAAUACCCAGCAAGUACAUAACCGGAGCCAGGCAGCGCGCGCUCUGCAGUGGGGAACGCGCUCAGCACCGACUCCGCCGGGCCACUUUUCGUUUUUUACACGUAUUAUUUUUUUCGGGGGGGAAUUUUUUCUCUCUCUCGCUCUGUCUUUUCUCUCUCUCUUUUCCCCCCAUUCUUUUGCCUUUACUGUUGGAUUUAUUUGGACAGCGCGAGGAAACCGGGGUGUGUGUAUUUUUAUAUUGGAUCGCGAGAAUGUCAGCCACCUUUCCUGGACUGGUUCACGACGCGGAGAUACGUCACGACGGAUCAAACAGCUACCGCCUGAUGCAGCUAGGCUGCCUCGAGUCCGUGGCUAACUCGUCGGUCGCCUACUCCUCGUCGUCCCCGCUCACCUACCCGGCCACCGGGCCAGAGUUUGCCUCCCCCUACUUUCCCGCCAACCAUCAGUACACGCCCCUGCACCACCAGUCCUUCCACUACGACUUCCAGCACGGCCACCCGGCCGUCAACCCGGACGCCUACUCGCUGAACUCACUGCAUCAUUCGCAGCAGUACUACCAGCAGCUACACCACCACGGCGAGCCGGCAGACUUCAUCAACCUGCACCACGGAGCGCGCGCGCUCAAGUCCUCGUGCCUGGACGAGCAGCAGCGACGCGAGCUCGGCUGCCUUGACGCCUACAGGCGCCACGACCUGUCGCUGGUCAGCCACGGCUCGCAAUACGGCGUCCAUACCGAACAGAGGCUGCUGCCCGGGGCGGGGCUGGGGCUGCCCCCGCCUGGGGCCGAUGACCUGCAGGGUUCCGUGGACGCGCAGUGCGGGCUCAUGUUGAAUGGCCAAGGCGGAGUGAUCCGGAGAGGUGGGACGUGUGUAGUGAAUCCUACAGAUCUUUUUUGCUCUGUGCCGGGCCGCCUCUCUCUCCUCAGCUCUACCUCUAAAUAUAAAGUCACCAUCGCUGAAGUCAAACGCCGCCUCUCUCCUCCAGAGUGUCUAAAUGCCUCACUGCUGGGGGGCAUCUUAAGGAGAGCAAAGUCUAAGAAUGGCGGUCGGUGCCUUAGAGAGAAGUUGGACAGGUUGGGACUCAAUCUCCCAGCAGGCCGCAGAAAAGCUGCUAAUGUCACCCUGCUAACCUCUUUAGUGGAAGGUGAGGCGCUUCAUCUGGCCCGGGACUUUGGUUACACCUGUGAGACGGAGUUUCCCACUAAAGCGGUGGGAGAACACUUGGCACGACAGCACACAGAACCCAAGGAACAGAACGCCCGUAAGAAAAUGGUGCUGGCCACUAAGCAGAUCUGUAAGGAGUUCCAGGACUUGUUAAGUCAGGAUCGUUCCCCACUGGGUUCCUCGAGGCCAACGCCAAUACUGGACUUAGACAUUCAGAGACAUCUAACACAUUUUAGUCUUAUCACGCAUGGUUUCGGCACACCAGCGAUCUGUGCAGCUCUCAGCACCUUUCAGACAAUUCUGAGUGAAAUGCUGAACUACCUGGAGAAACAUUCGGCCAAUAAAAGCACAGGAACACCUGACGGUAGCCAUAUCAACUCCAACUCUGAAAAAACGGCACUCCGCAAAACUGCUGAAACGCCAACAAAAGACGGGAAAAUGGAGAAAACAGAAUGACUGCAUCCUUCUUAGCAACAAAGGACCACUGCUGAAUCACUUCCUGAUUUAAGCCCUGAUGGGCAGGCCUUGUUCAGGGCGUGGCUGGUAUAGGGUGGGUUUUUUUCUUUUCCUGCCUUUUUGAAAAAUUUAUUUAACCAUCACUAUUUAUUUAUUUCCAGUCAUCGAGUCCUAAUCCAGUGUCUAUUUAAACCAAGCAAUUAACAUUAUCUUUCCAGUCAACCACGCGCAAUGUAUUUCCACUUUUUUGUAAGUUAUCAGAGAGGGUAUUUUGUUUAUUAAAGUUUGUCAUUUCUUUAAUAGUGGAAUUAAUGAAUUGAAAAUGUAAUAUCUUUUCCUGAAAGAUGCACAUUCCAUUUUUUUUGCCAAGGCCUAAUUUCAGGUCACUUUAAAAACUGUAAAAUAAAUUCUGGUGACUCUCUUUGUUGCCAUCAGUAAACUGUAUAUUGUGCAUGUUGAAGUUUGUACACUGCUCAAACCUGACAUUCCUCACUACAGCUUCAGAACACGACAUCUCAACCGCAUUUGUAAAGAAGUUAUAUAUAAAUAUAUAAAUGACAACUUUUUCUUGUAGGUUUUGAACUACAUAUAUGAAAUAUCCCUACAUGCAAACUACUCGUGUUCAAUAAAGCAUAUUGCU